UGAAAACAUUACAAAUAUUUACAAUUUUUUUUUAUAAAAACUAAAUUGUCUUUGGUAACAUUUAAAAAAUGCACCAGGUACAUAAUUUUUUUUGAAGAACAAUGACUACACCUGGACAGUUUGGCCCAACAAUUCCCUUAAGAGCUGCCCCUUCCGAACAACAGUGGGAAAUCAUCAAACUCGACAUACAAUUCCUAAACUUCGCCCAUUUUGAACCAGACGUCGCUACGGUAGUGGCUGCUUCAGAUCCGAAAGCAGAAAAGGUGGUGUACGAAAAGAAAGAUUUGCUUACUAAAACCAUUCAUUUGAAGCAGAUAGAUUUUUGGUUCAAACAAGCUGGGGUUAUUUCUAAAGAUUUAACAAGAACUGACACUGGUUUGGCGUACAGUAAAUUUCAGGUGAAGGGUAUUCUUUUUGCGGAUUUUCUGACUAUGCUGGACGAUUUAGCGGCAAGCAAAGAAUUGUCAGUAGAAGAUAUUAAGAUACAACUUCAGUCGUGUGGAUUACCAGGUGCAUCCAAAACUGCUAAAGCUGGUACUUAACUGUAAUUACCCCCAUUGAAACUCGUAAAACAUUUUGAAGGACAUUAAACAUAUUUUUAACAGUG